AAGUCCCGCCUUAAUUCAGGCGGCGAGUGGAUGGGAAUAGUUUCGUUACAGAGAGUUCGUGAGUUGUGACUAGUUUUAAUUGUCUUUAAAACAGUUUACACUUUAGCGGGACGCUGCCAUGCCGUAUGCCAAUCAACCGACAGUAAAAAUUACAGAACUUACGGACGAGAAUGUGAAAUUUGUUAUAGAGAACACCGAUUUGGCAGUGGCAAACUCCAUUCGGCGGGUGUUCAUGGCUGAAGUCCCGACAAUAGCUAUUGACUGGGUCCAGAUUGAUGCCAACUCCUCUGUCCUCCACGAUGAGUUCAUUGCCCACAGAGUGGGUCUGAUUCCCCUCACCAGUGAUGACAUUGUGGAUAAGAUGCAGUAUUCAAGGGACUGCACGUGCGACGAGUUCUGCCCAGAGUGCUCCGUGGAGCUGACUCUGGACGUGCGGUGCACAGAGGACCAGACGCGCCACGUCACGUCCCGGGAUCUCCUCUCCAACAACCCCAGGGUCAUUCCGGUAACCUCACGGAGCCGGGACAAUGAUCCUAACGAUUAUGUUGAACAAGAUGAUAUCCUGCUGGUGAAACUGCGCAAGGGCCAGGAGCUCCGACUCAGAGCCUAUGCCAAGAAGGGCUUUGGCAAGGAGCACGCCAAGUGGAACCCCACUGCGGGGGUGUCCUUUGAGUACGAUCCGGACAAUGCACUGAGGCACACCGUCUACCCCCGCCCAGAGGAAUGGCCGAAGAGUGAAUACUCGGAGAUUGAUGAGGAAGAGGUACAGGCACCCUAUGAUCCCAAUGGAAAACCGGAGAGGUUCUACUACAAUGUGGAGUCAUGUGGUUCUCUGCGACCAGAGACUAUAGUCAUGUCCGCCUUGGCUGUCCUCAAGAAAAAGCUGAGCGAUCUGCAGACCCAGCUGAGCCAUGAGAUACAGAGUGAUGUCCUCACCAUUAACUGAACCCUGCAGCUCAAGCCCUCGGCUCAAAGCAGCCCAGAGACCAUGGGCCCCUCCGACAGUGGUUCUCCCACACUGCUGCCUUCCCUUCGUUUGAAUCACCGUCUGCAUUGCACCCCCCAAGACUUCUAUACUUUCAUUAAAGAUGAUUUUUUACUUUGCUGAAGCACCUCAAACUAGGGCAUAGUAAAAUAAUAAUGUACUUUAUAAUAUUGUCCCUAUGUAAAAAUGUGAUUUUCCAAGCAGUGAUUUGGAUUUACAUGGAGAAACAUUAAGCAAGGUGCAAGAUACAGUUCUGGGUAUGUUUUAACCAGGUGACAAGAGACUCGUGUGUCUGAUGUAAUCGAAAGGGUAGCAUUAUAUCAGAAGGGUGUAGUUUUAUAACGCAGGAAGGCAUAACCUCUGCUAGCCAAUAUAAGGGAUUAAAAGUGUCCACUUUGAAUACUUCAAGGCAUAUAGCCAAGGUAUAAACUGUUCAGGGUACAAGCCCUGGUAUUGCUAUUAGUGUCCAAUAUCUGUAUUGGAUCAGAUUGUAAAAUAUUGCUGAAAUAAAGAAUGGCAGAAAUUGUA